AUGGUUCUGGAUUCCACCUUCCGCAAGAGAGAAUUGGGUUAUUCUCAGCUCCCUGUAGAGCUUUUCAGCAGUAAAUUUUCGUGGAGAUUGCACGACAUAGCUAAAGCAAGAUACUUUUACGUAUGGCUUUUCUCACUGGCGAUUUUUCCGAUGGUUGCUGCGAUUCUUGUGCUGAAGACUAAUACUUGGUCUUCCAUGGUCACCAGAUACAUUGUGAUAUUCAGUGGUGAGCUUGCAUUCGGAUCGUUACCCCUAGCUUGCCAAGUGAAAAAGCUUAAAAGCAUUUCCAAGCUACGGUCACUGCUGGUGAAGGAAGUUGUCAGGCUUGGACCAGAUCUCAACUAUGAUGACUGGAACUUGAUUGCUCAACAUGCAAACGAAUAUUUGCUCCAAGAAGGGUUCUGGCACUCUGAACAUUGUAUCUACGACGGUGCAGAAUGUCUAAGCUAUUUCAGGGCUCAAGUUUAUCUCCCAUCCAUCAAUAAUCCAUCCGAAAAUCACGAUGAGCUACUCGCUACUGAGCUUUAUGAGAAGAGCUAUGAAGACUACUGGAAUUCGCAGGAAUGCGUUAAGUUUACGACGGUUCAAGAGACCAACCAAACUCUUCCCAAAGACACCUAUCACUUCUCGUUAGUGUAUGAUUUGAUCCUUGGUGCCAAGGAAGCAUUAGCGUUUCUUCCCCUUGUCAUGCUGUUUUUUUUGCUCUUGGUUUCAAAAAUUAACCUAACAAUGCUAGUAACAUAUUCGGUAUUGUGGUAUUUACAACUACUGGCCUCCUUCUGUUUCUUAACGAGAAUGAGCAGGAAACAUGUAAUCUUCACACCGAUGAAUGUGAUGAGGCUCUUGAAACUGGAGCUACAGUUGGAGCCCGGUGAAAGUGCUAGGGAAUGGGACGAGGUUGCAAAGAAAAUGAACACCUAUUUGAAGGAUGAGGGUGUCUUUCAAGGCAAGAGAGUAUUUUUUGAUGGUAAGGAAUGUCAUGCCAAAUUUCAAUCGUUGCUGGCUGCAACGCUUCCGGAGGAUGACACUAAAAAGAGUUUAUACCCUGAACUUGUUUGUUUUGCGAGUGAAUUUAGAACCGCAUAG